GCGUUGUAAACCACUCUGAACAAGCUGGUCAUUUUAACACAAACCACCUUUGUUAGCCAAAAUGUGGAGUGGCUCUAACUUUGAACGGGCAAGUUUAGAAAGACGCAAAUACAAUGAGCGACAAAGAAAAGAAAGAAUUUUUAACGACAAACUGAGAACCAUCGGUAUUGACAAGCAAGGCCUUGACAGGCAGCUGGAUGACAAGAAAAAAUGGAAAGAUGCAGAAAAGUUUGAACAAGACACUUUUGAGGCCCAAUUCCUUCAUGAUAGAAAGCAAGCGUAUCUUCUUCAACGCAAAGAAGAAAGGGAGAAAUCUGAAGCGGAGAAGAGCAAUUUUCAGGAACAAUAUGCGCGUGCCAUUCAGGAGAAAUUGAACCGGGAUGAGUCUGAGGAGCCACUUGAAAACAUGAUGCCUCCGGGAAUGGCAGGCGAGGACCCAAACAGCGAAAACCGAGUAUGCAGGCAGAAAGAGCAGCUGAGGGAGUGGCUGCUCCAGCAACAAAUAGAGCUAGCCAGAGAGAAAGAAAGACAAAAUAAUGAAAGGUUGAACGAUGACAAAUUCAGAGUACAUAUAGACAAUGUCGCUCAGGGACUGGAAAACGCCGUGUUAGAGAGAAGGAAAAAAAAUGCAGUUGAACUGAACGAGUUCAAUCAGGCAUUGGCUGAAGAGAGGCAACGGUAUGAACGGGAACUCAGAGAUGACUUCAGAGAGAUACGGCCGAGUCAGGUGGGGGUUCCUGGUAUGUUGCACGCCUUUGAUAGAAGGCCACGUCCCGAGAGCUCUGAGCAAAUGAAAAAGUUCUGGAACCUUCAAGUUGAGGAGAAAAUGAUGACAAAAUUGGAGGGGACCAAAGAGAAGCAACAAUACGACCGUUGGUGCUCCAACACGACACGUACGGCUAUGAUCAUAGAGAGGCAGCAGGAGCGACUGAAGAAGGCGCAACGGCAGGAGCUGGACUAUAACAACACCACCACUGCUGAAUAUGACAGGCGCAAUAGACCUGACAUUAAAACAGGACGCAUCGAUGAAAGCUUCUUCGCCAAAUUUAACACCUGCAGUCGCUGAAACGGCACUCGGACAUCUCCAUAGAUUCCAAUGGACAAGUAUCAUUUCACAAGGGCAGAUUCAGAAUCAUAUUCUAGAAAUGUUUACUUGCAUCUCUGACUAACGAUAUGUUUAAAAAAAAAUAUCGUUGUAAUUAACGUACCUAUAAGUGAUUAUAAUUGCCCAUGUUUAAAAUUUACUGGGAGACAUAAAUGUAUCACAAACUAUGAUCGAAAAUACUUAAUAUUAUUUCAAAUGCAGACAAGAAUUAAAAUAUUGCUGUUGAUGAUGGUGAAAAAGAAUUACUGUAGCGGAGCAGUCCCGUGGAAAACUAUGAAAAUUUGACUUUAAUUAUUGACAUUUGAUUGUACUACAACAGGCAGGAGUUACAUUCAUGGUGCCAAUGCUCCUGCGGGACUGUUGGAGAGAAACUUAUCUUGGGCUGAUGUAGAAGCUAGCGCUAGAAGGACUAGGUUUUGUUUUAUUUACUAAAACGUCGGAUUAA